AUGGAUCAUCCUGUUUCUCAAGGUCCAGGUCUUCGUGUGGCCCUCGAAGGCUGUGGACAUGGAAAACUCCAUGACAUCUAUGCGGCAGUGGAGCAUGCUGCCAAAUCUAAAGGCUGGGAUGGGGUUGACUUGGUUAUCAUCGGGGGCGAUUUUCAAGCCGUUAGAAAUUCUUACGAUCUCAACUGUAUGUCAGUGCCUCACAAGUACAGGGAAAUUGGUGAUUUCCACGAGUACUAUAGCGGUAAGCGAACUGCGCCGUACUUGACCAUUUUCAUCGGUGGCAACCAUGAAGCAAGCAAUCAUCUCUUCGAGCUCUACUACGGAGGAUGGGUGGCACCCAAUAUUUACUACAUGGGUGCUGCCAAUGUCAUUCGUUGUGGGCCGCUACGCAUUGCAGGGUUGUCCGGCAUUUGGAAAGGGUAUGACUACAGGAAGCCUCAUUUUGAAAGAUUGCCCUACAAUCGUGAUGAAAUUCAAUCCAUCUAUCAUGUCCGAGAGCUUGAUGUUCGCAAGCUUCUCCAGAUCCGUACUCAAGUCGAUCUUGGCCUUUCUCACGAUUGGCCGAAGAAGGUUGAGUACUGUGGUGACUACGAACAACUUUUCCGACUCAAGAAUGGUUUCAGAGAGGAUUCCCAAGCGGGGAGACUGGGCAGUACAGCUGCGAAGUACGUCCUCGAUCGACUUCGUCCGCGCUAUUGGUUUUCGGCGCAUCUGCACAUCAAAUUCGCCGCGUCCAUUGCUCACGGCAAAUACGUGUCUCCGGAGAAUGGAAAAUCUGGCGAUCGGGACUCGGCUCAAGAGGACACUUCAAAACUUCCUUAUGCUUGCGGUCUUGAUGGAGCAUUGCUCUCUGUAGAGUCUGGACCUUUGCAGAACGAUAACAGCACUGAAGGAGACGUACCAGAAGAGACUAUGGCUGAUCUUCCUGAUAACAAAUCUAUGAACAGUGAGAAGGAUCAGAUGAUUGACCAAGACAACACGGGUUCAAAAGCAUCUCAGCCUCUGGGAUCCCGAAGUGUCUCAGAUCCUGGUCCCUCCCAAACGAAUGCGACUGCUAAAAAUGUGAUCGAUCCCAAAUCUAGUCAGUCGGACGUUCUCAAGUCUUCAAUUUCUGCAUGGCAGAAUUUCCAUACUGUCGCUGCGAGGCAGGAAGCCCAAGAUUAUCAGCGAUAUCUGCAGGAAAGGGAAGAAAGCCAGACAACUCGCAACACCGCCGCCGAGACUGCUCAUCAACUCACGUGGCGUAAGGUUAAUGUCAAUGAAGACAUGACGUCCCGGAAAGUUACCGGCGUCAGAAAGACUGGAUUUAGCGAAGAACCUGAGAGCAAACGUCCUAAAGUCGAGCAGACCACAGUGAAGAAUUCUGAUGAGAUUGAUCUUGACCUCAGUAGUGAUGAUGGCAGUCCUACUCAAGACAACACCACCGGCGACGCGACCAGCGAGCAGAGAGUUGCUACAUCAAAUGCGCAUGCAAUUCCCAAUGCAGAGACCAAUACCCCAGCUGCUAGUACUCAGUCCUUGAAGCAGGAUCAGCCCAGAGAGGACGAGGGUGUGUCGGAGGAUCUUCGACAGCAGCUCCCUGCAAGUUUUCAGCGGCCUAGUACCGUAGUACAUGAUCCUUUGCCAGAAGCGAUCUCAAACACGACGACCGAGUUUUUGGCGUUGGACAAGUGUCUUCCAGGGCGCCAAUUCCUUCAACUGGUUGAAUUCUCCGCCAUAUCUGAUCAGGAAGGCGUCCAGCAGGACCGCCCGUACCGUUUACAAUAUGACAAGGAGUGGCUAGCGAUCACACGUGUCUUUGCAGACGAUUUGACCCUUGGUGAUCCCAAUGCUAGGGUGCCUCUUGACAAAGGGGACCAACACUACAGGCAACGUAUCAUGGAGGAAGAAAAGUGGAUCGAAGAACAUGUCGUCAAAGCUGGAAAGAUGACUGUUCCGGAAAACUUCACCAUCACGGCGCCAGUCUAUGAUCCCAGUGUGCCAAUUACGAACACGGUUAUGCCACAGGAGUACAACAAUCCCCAGACUGCGGAAUUCUGCAACCUCAUCGGUAUCCCGAACAAAUUCUAUCUGACCGACGAGGAACGCCAAGCACGUAUGGCUGCUGGUCCACGCCCAGAUACCGACAGGAAUUCUCACAGAGGGCGUCCAGGUGGCGGUGGUCGUUUUGGCCGUAGUGGAGGACGUGGACGCGGUGGCGGCUGGGGAGGUCCGAGUCGUGGAAGAGGUGGACGUCCUCCCGUCAACAGUGCAUGGUAA